AUGGAUGCUUACAAAUAUCAGGACAACUAUGAGGGCUACGCCCACACGGAUGGCUACUAUCCCGGCAACGAGUCCAACCCGGAGGAGGAUGCCCAGAGUGACGUCACCGAAGGCCACGACGAGGAGGAUGAGAUCUAUGAGGGGGAGUACCAAGGCAUCCCUCACCCGGAUGAUGUCAAGACCAAGAAGGCCAAGAUGGCGUCCUCCAGGGAGGAUGACUUUCGGGCCCAGGCAGACCUGAUGGCGGAGAGGCUGGAAGAUGAGGAGCAGUUGGCUCAUCAGUACGAGACCAUCAUGGACGAGUGUGGCCAUGGACGCUUCCAGUGGAUCCUCUUUUUCGUCUUGGGUUUGGCCCUGAUGGCUGAUGGGGUGGAGGUGUUUGUGGUGAGUUUUGCCCUGCCUAGCGCAGAGAAGGACAUGUGUCUGUCCAGUUCCAAGAAAGGAAUGCUUGGGAUGAUAGUCUAUCUCGGGAUGAUGUCAGGGGCCUUUGUCCUGGGGGGCCUGGCAGAUAAGCUGGGGAGAAAGAGGGUCCUCAGCAUGUCUCUGGCCCUCAACGCCUCCUUCGCCUCCAUCUCCUCCUUCGUGCAGGGUUACGGCGCCUUCCUCUUCUGCCGACUCAUCUCGGGCAUCGGUAUUGGUGGAGCGCUGCCCAUUGUGUUUGCCUAUUUCUCUGAAUUCUUGUCUCGGGAGAAGCGCGGGGAGCACCUCAGUUGGUUGGGUAUCUUCUGGAUGACUGGGGGCAUCUAUGCGUCUGCCAUGGCUUGGACCAUCAUUCCGCACUAUGGCUGGGGCUUCAGCAUGGGCACCCACUACCACUACCACAGCUGGAGGGUGUUUGUCAUCGUCUGCGCGCUGCCCUGCACCGUGUCUUUGGUGGCCCUGAGGUUCAUGCCCGAGAGCCCGCGGUUUCUGCUGGAGAUGGGCAAACACGAUGAAGCUUGGAUGAUUCUCAAGCAAGUCCAUGACACCAACAUGAGAGCUAAGGGGACCCCGGAGAAGGUGUUCACGGUUUCCCACAUCAAGACCCCCAAGCAAAUGGAUGAGUUCUUUGAGAUCCAAAGCGCAACAGGAACUUGGUACCAGCGCUGCCUGGUCAGAUUCAAGACCACGUUCAAGCAGGUCUGGGAUAACGCUCAGUACUGCCUGCUGGGGCCUUACCGGAUGAACACGCUGAUUCUGGCCGUGGUCUGGUUCACGAUGGCGUUAAGUUACUACGGCCUGACCGUUUGGUUCCCCGACAUGAUCCGGUACUUCCAAGAGGAAGAAUACAAGUCCAAGAUGAAGGUGUUUUUUGGCGAGCACGUGUUCGGCGCCACUAUCAACUUCACGAUGGAAAACCAGAUCCACCAGCACGGCAAGCUGGUGAAUGACAAGUUCACAAAGAUGUAUUUCAAGCACGUUCUCUUUGAAGACACGUUCUUUGAUGAGUGCUAUUUUGAAGAUGUGACAUCCACGGAUACCUAUUUCAAAAACUGCACCAUUGAAUCCACCAUCUUUUAUAACACAGACCUCUACGAGCAUAAGUUCAUCGACUGUCGCUUUAUCAACUCGACCUUUCUGGAGCAGAAGGAGGGCUGUCACAUGGACCUGGAGCAAGACAACGACUUCCUGAUCUACCUGGUCAGCUUCCUCGGCAGCCUGUCCGUCCUGCCCGGGAACAUCAUCUCCGCCCUGCUCAUGGACAGGAUCGGGAGGCUCAAGAUGAUCGGUGGCUCCAUGCUGAUUUCCGCAGCCUGCUGCUUCUUCCUGUUUUUCGGCAACAGCGAGUCUGCGAUGAUCGGCUGGCAGUGCCUGUUCUGCGGGGCCAGCAUCGCGGCCUGGAACGCUCUGGAUGUGGUCACCGUGGAGCUGUACCCCACCACCCAGAGGGCAACCGCCUUUGGCAUCCUCAACGGGUUAUGCAAAUUUGGAGCCAUUCUGGGAAACACCAUCUUCGCUUCCUUUGUUGGGAUCACCAAAGUGGUCCCCAUCCUUCUGGCCGCCACGUCCCUCGUCGGGGGCGGCCUGAUUGCUCUCCGGCUGCCAGAGACCCGAGAGCAGGUGCUGAUGUGA